GUACGCAGCGACUUGGAUCUGCUUCUGGCUUUGCUGAAGUCCAUAGGCGACAGUAACCAUACAUCAUCAGGUGGGCCGUAUGCUCGUCUGCAUACAACGGCAAAGUUUUCUACGGUCUUACGCAUGAUGUAUUCGCCGUAUAUAUUAAACAGGAUGGGUUAUAGAAUAUACCUUUGGCGAAAUCCUCUUUUGAACUUAAAAUGGUUUGACAUAGUAUUGCCGAGCCUUAUAGCGCGCUGGUUGCUGUAGUACAAGGAUUGGAGAAGAGCUAUAAGGUGCAUGGGUACUCCAAGGUCUUGGAAGACUCGCCAUAAGCAGCUUCAGAUAACGCAGUCAAACGCCUUGCUUUAGUCAACGAAGCAUAGGAUACCAGCAAACUAGUAAUUACUUUGAGCGGAUAAGAAUUAAAGAUCAAAUAAUAUGAUAAAUGAAGAAGACGAUUUAUAUUACUUGCGAUUCAAUUAAAAACAAUACUCUAAUCGUCACCACCAAGCAUUUUAAUCGAAGUUUUAGGACAUGUACUAAAUACCUACUUCCGAUCGAAUUUCGUUAAGACUUCUGCUGACAAAAUCCGUUUCUUGGAACAAUCACUCAGUCCGAGCCGACAUCAUAAGUCAACUGAGUAUAAUCUUUCAAGAUGUUAGUCGCGUCGCUUAACAGUCUCUCGCCGCGGCUGCGGUUCCAAUUUAGCAAACCGAAGAUCGAGAAUGUGGCCUUCAGGCUGCAUUACCAGCUGACUGUGACGAUUUUGCUGGCUUUCGUGAUCCUGGUCUGCGCUAGAGAGUAUUUCGGGGAUCACAUCAAAUGUCUUUCGGAUCAGGGUGUGCCCGACCAUGUAAUUCAGACGUACUGCUUCUUCAUGGCCACUUUUACAAUAGUUCGUCAUUACAACGAGAGUCUACUUCAAGGAGAGUUCCUGCCUCAUCCCGGAGUAGGGCCCAUCCUUGCCACAGACGAGACCAUCCACCACACGUAUUACCAGUGGGUACCUUUCGUACUCUUCAUCCAGUCUAUAUGCUUCUACCUGCCUCAUUACAUAUGGAAGACAAAAGAAGGUGGCAGGAUAAAGGCCCUGGUUGACGGACUCCAGUACGCCGGACUGGCGCUCCACGACGACGACAUCACCGUCAACGGCACCACAGUACCUUCAAAGAAGACCCUCGAAAACAAACUGGAUUCAAUUAGGAAAGACAUCAUAUUAAGGUUGAAGAUAUCGAGGACGUGGUCGACUUGGCUCGUCUCCAUGGAGGUCGCGAAUCUGCUGCACGUCAUGUUCCAGGUGUGGGUGAUCAACAAGUUCCUAAACGGGGCGUUCAUGUCACUAGGCCCCAGAGUACUCGAAACGAAAGACUGGAGCCACAUAGUCGAUCCGCUGGAGCUUGUGUUUCCGAAGGUAACGAAGUGCAUCUUCCACAAGUACGGUCCGAGUGGCUCAAUCCAGCAACACGACGCGCUCUGCGUAAUGGCCCUCAAUAUAAUCCACGAGAAGAUCUACACAGUGCUUUGGUUCUGGCUGCUUUUCCUUUUCAUUGUCUCCUUAUUGGCUGUGAUAUGGCGGGUAAUUUCGUUUUUCCUGUACCGCCGGUCGCUGCGGUUCAACGAGAUGAUGUUCCGUCACGUGAGCAACGCCAAGUUCAACCCGUACAACGUCAUCAGGGUGGUCAACGGCUGCGAGUUCGCCGAUUGGCUCUUCCUCUAUUACCUUGCGAAGAAUAUGCAAGGCUUUGUAUUCCAGGCACUAUUUGUGCGAUUAGCGGAGGAGUUGGAGAAAAGAGAACUGCCUUACGAUGACCAAGGCACGGAGGAGAAGGGAGCUGAACCAAUAUUAGUCGGAAAAGUAGAUAUUGACGACGAAACUAUGCCGUUAAAAAGAGAUAAGAAAUCAUCGUGAUGAAAUUACGGAGGACGGAAGUAAUAUGGAUAUUCCUAUUAUAUAUUACCACCAACGCUACUAUUCUUAUUCCAAAAUACUUAUACAGCGACAUUUGGCCAGUGUUAUUUUUACUUUACAUUGGACUUCGUCUGGCUUCGAACACAAAACUGUUCUAGGUUUCGGUAUUCAAAUCCUUUUAGGUCAGCGAAUGAUGGUAGAACUAAAGAAAUAACUCGUUUCAAUAUCUACACAAUUACCCUCCAUUAUGUCUGCCGUGAAACAGAGUAGAGUGGUAAAACAGCAAAUGCAAAUCAAGCAAUCACCGGUUUAAUUUAAAAAAAUUAAUCACUUCUCGAAUCUUCGUUCACGGCGCGACAUUUGAAAACAAUUUCGUUUUAAAAUGAACAAACACAUCAAACAUUCUAGUUAUUACUUAGUCAUUAUAUCAUUUCGUACAAAUAAUCAUUAGUUGAAUACAAAUAUUCGAUUACGAAAUUCACUUGAAGUGGUUUUGUGAUUCUUGACAAUUAUCAGACAAGUUGCUGCUUGAAUCGCUAUGACAUUAUGAUGUAACGCUAAAUGACGUCACUGAUCACUUGUUAGGAUCACGUUAAUGAUACAUUCAAUAAAUUUAAAUAUAAAUAAUUGAAACUACUUAUAUGUUUUAUUCGCGCAUUUGUUAUUUCAUUUGCAUUAAUGUAAUGUGUGAAAUAGACACAAUACGUUUUCCACAUUUUUUACAGUUUAAUAAUAUGUAAACUGGUUACCCAGUGAUUGAAAUUGGACCGCAAUUCAGUGUUCCAAACAUUUACCAACGCAAGAACUGCAUUAUAUUAUAUACCUAUAUUUGGAACAUUUAACAUCAAUAUUUUUAUCUUUCUGCGCUCUUCUUUGUUAUUAUAUAAACUUUAAAUAUGCCAAGUCAUGUUAUCGAAAUGUCAUAUCGAAGAUACAAUAAAAUUAUAUUGAGUUAUUUAGUUUCGUAACAUUCGCUCGAUUAACAUCAGAAAUAAGCCGGAUGGUAACUGCGAACCCGUCGAAAUCAGAAUACGUAAAAACUAUUUUAUCGGCAUUAAGAUUUUAUCUAGUACUAAAAAGUUAAUGUGACUCGGCAAAUCUGUUUAAUUACCCGAAAUGUACUAUCUUUUAAAAUUUACUGUCAAUAAGUAUACUGUUAGUAAGUAUAUACUGUCAAUAAGUAUACUGUUAGUAACUAUAUACCGUCAAUAAUCUGUACUAUCCUUUAAAAUUUACUGUCAAUAAGUAAACUGUUAGUAAGUAUAUACUGUCAAUAAGUAUACUGUUAGUAACUAUAUACCGUCAAUAAUCUGUACUAUCCUUUAAAAUUUACUGUCAAUAAGUAUACUGUUAGUAAGUAUAUACUGUCAAUAAGUAUACUGUUAGUAACUAUAUACCGUCAAUAAUCUGUACUAUCCUUUAAAAUUUACUGUCAAUAAGUAAACUGUUAGUAAGUAUAUACUGUCAAUAAUCUGUACUAUCUUUUAAAAUUUACUGUCAAUAAGUAUACUGUUAGUAAGUAUAUACUGUCAAUAAUCUGUACUAUCUUUUAAAAUUUACUGUCAAUAAGAUAAUGGUUUCCGAGAAAAAUGGUAGUGAUUCACAAAAGCAAAUUUUAAUUUCGUAUUUCCUCAUCGCUUAAAAGCGUAUCUAAAAAGAAAUGGAAACAGAACUCAAUUAAAUCUGGACGGUUUUAAAUUUUAAAUUGCUUUAUUUCAAAUCAUUAAUUAGCGAACUCGUUCUAUUGUAAUUCAAGAGAAAGAAUCUAAAAUGAAAACAGAAUGCACAAAAAAUACAUGUACAUUUAUAGACAUUUGCUCAUUCCAAAUUGUUAAUGCUAUUAUAAUUCUUAUCGAGCCGCAUUAAAUACAUAUAACAAUUAGACUAAUUAUUAAGUAAAUAAAACGUCGGUGGAUCAGAAAAGGGCAAGCGAAGUAUAAGCCGGCCAACUUUAAGUGUCCAUGUAGUUAGUUUAAGUUGACUUAUGGAUGGUACGUAAAUGAGUUUAUUACUUGCGACUUUACGCUAAAUUAAUUAUUAUAGAGGUAUUUUGACCGGAGAUUUCACAAUUUGACCACUUAUUAUUAACUCGCAUUCUUAUCUGUUCGGGUGGAAUCUUGUAAUUUUAAUUAUUUAUUUUCCUACCAAUGCUGAUAGCCUUGCGAGGCUAUUUCAGCUUCUCCUUGACGUGUAGGUGAGCUCACGGGCCUCAAACCGGAGUGGUGCUAACACUGACCCUAGCAAGUGCAGUGCCUCGCAGAAUCUACCACCGGAUCGUAAACGCGACCCACUGAGAACAUCCGGCGAGAAAAUUAGUGGGCUAUGUCUAUGGGCAAAAUUUUAAUAAGUUUUAGACGUAACUCUCGAACUAAAAUAUUUGGACAUGUCUUAAAAUAGGAAUGCAUCUCUGCAAAAGCCGUCAGAGAAAAAAUGUCAUACGUUUAUAAUUCGUUUUAAAAUUUUAUAAACAUUACCUUUUUUGAUGAGAUAUAUUGUCCUGUGGUCUAUUCAUGAUGAGUUAUCAGAGCUUUAUAGCACCUAGACGAAUUCCAUAAAGUCCGGUUUAUAAAGUCUUCGACUAUUUUAACAUUUCCUUAUAAAGUUCUGAUAGUUCAUUCUAAAUAGGACCAAACUUGUGUAUGUUUAGUCUUAAGAUGCAGCUGGUAAUUCUACAUUGCAUCUUUUAUUUUUCUAUUACUACUUUCCAUUUAACUAUUAGGUACACUACGUUUAUUAUGGCUGUAAGAGAUUAGUAUUUUAAUUGUUAAUCAAAGUAUUUUUAUUAUAUUUCGUUUUUUUUUAAAUUUUAAUAUAAUUUAGAAUAUUAUACAUAUUAAUAUCGAUUGCACGUUGAAGUGGCGUUCGGAAAAAUUCUGAACGUCGGCAGGCUCCCUUUGGACGCUUGAAAACUCCCGGAAAUUUUACCGAACAUUUGCUUCCUUGUGACAGUCGCGUUAAAGACGAAUAGAAAUACUGGCUGGAUCGGUACAAACAUAUGAGGCUGUCAGCGCAAAAGUGGUAAAACCCACAUUUUUUUAUAUUCAAGGUAUAACAUGAAUAUAUGAAUUUAUUUCAAAUAUACUAAAUUUUGGUGCAAAAUCGGCCUAUCCAUAGUUUCACCCAUAGAUAACAGAUGGCUUUGUAAAAAUUAUUUUUGCGAGUAUUGUUUUUUUGCCAAUCAAAUUGAAAUUCAUGAAAACUUAAACCUCAUUGCUCCAUACUUAGUAUAGUAAGAUUAGGCCACUUUUGCGCUGACGGCCUCAUAUAGCGUGCGUCCGGGCCAUGACAUAAACACCCCGUGACGAAUGUAUUGCUCAAAUGACGAGAUUUAUUAAAUUUUAUUGAAUAAUUUCUAGUUAAGUUUGUUUAAAAUUAUAAGGUUGUCUAGUCCUUGUGUAUUUUUACUUAAUGUGAUUUAAUUCUAAUUGCGAAUAAAGUGCAUGAUUGUUUUGAUA